AUGUCUUCAAAUCUAAUAGAUGCCACCAAUAUAAGACAGAUUCAUAAUCCAUCAGAUUUUGAUGUCCCCUUAGAAUGGUUAUAUAAGGGCAAAAGUAAGAGAAAAUCAAAGUCUUCAAGUAGAUUGAAAUCUUCAUCCUCCUCAAAUAAAUUGAAAAAAUUGAAAAACUCUUCUUCAAAUGAUCCUUUUGCUUCCUCUACUACUGACAAUCAGAAACAAAGAUCUACAUCCAUAUCAAACGCUGCUUUGUCUUCAAAUCAUAUACCGAUCUUGCAAAAACCUGGUCUUGUUGAUAGUAAUGAAAAUGCAAUCGAUGAUGAUGAUGACGAUGAGGAUGAUAACAACGUCCAAAAAGACGAUUUGAAUAACCUGCAUGCUCUAACACCCACUACCACCGCUACUACUAUGGAACCUACAAUGGUUAAUUCUACCUCAAAGAAACUUGUUGAUGAAGAAAAGAGCAAUCUACCGUCACGCUCAUCCAAAAGAAAUAGAUCUAUCUCGAUAUCAAAUGCGAUCGCAUCGUCAAAUAAUUCGAAGUCUAAGAAUACACCUUCUACAAUUUCGUCAACGUCAGAUCCACCACCAACAAUAGCAUCUGCUAUCCCGACAUUUAAUUCCAUAAAGAGGAAUAACUCAACUAAUUCAAAUAAUGGUUCAACAAAAAAAUCAUUAUUUGGUUCAAUAUUUGGAAGAGGAUCUUCUACUUCUAAUUCAAAAACAAAACCACAAUUGGCAACUCCUUCUGCUUCUGCUCCAACUCCAACUCCGAAACUAAACACAGCAUUACCAUCGAAUUCAAAGACUUUAAAAAAAAUAUCAAAAUUGAAUUCAAUGCCUCAAUCAGAUCAUCCAAAGGAAACUACACCAAUAUCUGCAAUAUACACUUCAUCAUCUGAGUCCACUGAUUCAACUCCAUCGAACGAUUCUGCAAUUGUAAGUACAGGCACUCCAGCUACUUCCAUGAACACUUUAUCCUCUAUUCCAUCUAUUCCAUCUAUGACUAUUAAAGAUUUAUCGAAUGUCACGUUGAAAAGAGUAUCAUUUGCUGUAGAUAAAUUUGAUAAUGAUCCAGCUCAACAAUUACCUUCAAGAACUCCAAAGACAGGGAAAGUCCUAGUACCUGAUGAUAUGAUAAGUGAUUUACCUUCAAUAUCAAUCGGUAUUUCUAAUACUAUCAUUGAUGAUGGAAAAUUCAUGAACCAACGGAAAAUUACUAAAAAUUCAAAAGAAUAUAAAAUUGCCAUGGAAAAUCAUAGAUUCGCAUUAAAGGAAGCUGCAAAACAUCAACAAGAAGCUCAUUUCGCAGCAAAAAGAAUUGCAAAUGAAGUUUCCAAUUUUAAAUCAAAUGGUACCAGCAAUAGUAAUAACAAUCCAGUUAAUGAAUUACGAUCACAUUUAAAUGAUAAAAUUAAUAAAAUUGAUAAUCCAAUUCAUAUCCAUGAACAUCAUUUCGAAGAAAAAAUCAACAAUAAUGAAGAAACUCAAGAGAUUACCCUAGAUAUCAUUUAUACAAGAUGUUGUCAUUUGAGAGAGAUUUUACCAAUACCAUCGACUUUAAGACAAGUUGUCGGUAAGACUUCACCUUUACAAAUCUUAAAGUUUUUAAAUCCAAAGCCAACUUUAAUUGAUGUCUUAUCAUUCGCAGAUUUCAUAUCUAUUGUACCAAUUAAUACCAUCAUUUUUGAUAAUGUAACUUUAACUUCGAAUAUGUUAAAGAUUAUUAUUACCUCUUUGGUUAAAUCACAGAAUUUAGAGAAAUUGGGAUUAAGAAAUGUAAUCAUCGACAAUGAAAAUUGGAAACUGUUGUGUAAAUUUCUUUUGAACAAUAAAUCUUUGACCAAAUUAGAUAUAUCACAAACUAAAAUAAGAUCAGAGAUAUCCUCAUCAUCAUCAUCUCCUUCCCAAACAUUGGCUUCAUCGUCAAACAUGAUUCCAGUGGAUGAAAUUUAUAGGCAUAAUAAAGAUUGGAGUUUAUUUGUUGACGUAUUAAGAAAUCGUGAUGGGAAACCGCUAGAAGAAUUAUUACUUAACGGUAUCAAAUUUAAUAAAAUACCAUUGACUAUCUUACAAAAUCUAUUAAAUGGGUUAACAAACCAAAAAAACUCACCACCGAAAGGUAUAAGAUUAGGUUUAGCUACAUCAGAUCUCUCAUUGGAUUGUGUUAAAAUUUUAUUAAGCUGGUGGUCUAAGAAUACCGUUCAAGGUAUUGAUUUAUCCUUCAAUGAUUUAUCAGAAUAUGUGAAACCAAUGAUAAGUAAAUUGGCCUCGUUAUCAUUUGAAUCAUUAGAAUAUUUUACCUUAAAUAAUACAAGCAUUUCAACUGGUUAUGAUAUGGCAUUAUUCUUGAAAUAUCUUUCAAGAUUACCGAAUUUGAAAUUCUUAGAUUUAAGUAAUUUACCGCAAAUCUUCCCAGAUGUUUUACCAUACAUGCAUAAAUACUUACCGAAAUUCAAACAUUUGAAGAGAAUCCAUUUAGAUAAUAAUAAUUUGUCAUUCAAAGAAUUAACUGUGGUGUGUAAUAUACUUCUAAAAUGUCAAUCAUUAGCUCAUGUUUCAAUGUUAUCACAAGGAACUUCCUCGAUAACAAAUGUAGCAAUAAAAUCUGCUGGAUCAGAUCAAAUUGGAAUACAAGAGACAUCCUCAUCAUCGACACCAAGUCAAUUUGCGAAGAAUACAUUUUGUGCAACCUUAUAUGCAUUCGCUAAAGACUCAUCAAAUCUAGUAGGAUUAGAUAUCGACUAUGAUCAAAUUCCAGAUGAAAUUCAACAAAGAAUUGCAUUAUGUUUAAUGAGAAAUAUGAAUAGGGCAAUGGAUUCCACUUUCCAAUUAGAUGAAUUAACUUCACAAGAUGAUUUAUUGUUUGACGGUACUUUAAUUACUGAAAAUGCUGAAGAUGUCUUAGCUAAAUUGAAUAAAUUAAAUGCACAGAAUCAAACUGGUACUAACGUCAAUGGUACUAAUGGUACUGGACAAUCUUCAAAGGAUGAUGUUACGAAAAGAUAUCUUUUGAAAAAAUAUGUGGAAAAGAUUCAUAAAGUCCAUUAUAACGUUCAAGAAAAAAUUGAUAGUAUGUUCGAAAAGAGAAAUUCUGGCGAAUUAACGUUGGUAGAAAAGGAAAAUUUAUUAAGGUUAAUCUUAUUGGAUAAAAAUCUUUCCAACAUUAUUGAAAUAUUAUCUGAUUUGACAAGAGGUUCUGAUUUCUUAGGCAUGAGUACUAAUAAUUCAAAGGGAUCUAUUUCAUCAAUCAAAUCAAAUGAUCAUGCUGAUGAUACUAUCAACAAUCACACAAUGACUAAUGAUACUGUUGCAUAUGCUGAUGGCGAUAUCGAUUCACAAAGGAAACCAAUAUUAAGACAUGUGGAAUGUAAUAACCCAGAAGAAAUUCAGACUCCGGAAACUGAAACAAUGGCGAGACCUCAUCUAAUGGCCACGGAUUCAGGUAGAACCAUUGACGUUCUCACAGGUAAACCUGUUUUAUUUAGACGUUCGUCUACAACGUCUGUUGUCGGUAAAAGGCAAGAAAUGGAAGAAGGUGAAUUGCAUAAAUGGGGGUUCUUUGUUCAGCAACAAAGAGCAAUAUAUCCUGAUAAUGAUACGUCGAUAAAGAAAGAUACGAUUGUGCCUGCAAUAGCACCACCAGUGAAACCAACGCUUCCAGUUAUUACUACAGCGACUGCAAACGUGGAAAUAACGCCCGUUACAAAGACACUUACCACUCCUACCACACCUACGACGACGACAAGGAUAUUACCAAAGAUCCCAUCUGGUGCAGAAUUAAGAAAUGCGAUCAUAAAAGCAAAGGGUAUCGAUUCCAUUGAUGACUUGAUUCAAAACGUAACUGAAAAUGAAGUUGAACUAUUAGACAUUUAUGGGAAAUCUGUUCAAUCGAAAUUACAUCUUGAUACCGCUUCAUCUGCUGUUGGUAAUGAGGAUAAGAAGAAGGCUAUUGUGGAUUCUCCUACUAUCACUACGCCUACUAAGAAAUCAGUAAUUGUUGCCAAAUUGAAACCAGUAAUGCCAAUAAUGAAGAAACUUGAUAAUGAUGAUGAUAGCGGUAAUGAUGGUUGUAAUGGGAAUGGUAAAAAUUGUGAAAAAACAGUCACUGAAGCAUAUGAUAAAUUAUUAAAUGAUUUAUCUGUAAAUCGUCCUAGUAAAACAUGA